CUUCACAUUAAGUAGCCCAGCUCACUUGCAGUACGACAAGAAGCUGUAAAUAAUGGCUUGUGGUUCUUCUUCAUCUUCCAGACACUAUCCCAUCCUCCUCUUUUCUUUGCUCCUUGUUAUCGCUGGUAGCACUGCCGCCGCUGCUUCGUGCGACGCCGCUGACCGUGCUGCUCUUCUUGAAUUCCGAUCAGCUCUUUCCGAUCCCUACAUCGGAGUCUUCUCCUCCUGGGCCGGCAAUGACUGCUGCUCCAAAUGGUACGGCGUGUCAUGCAACCCAGAAUCUGGCCGCGUCGCCGAUCUCAUUCUCCGUGGUGAGUCCGAAGACGAGAUCCUCAUCCGGGCAGGCCGAUCAGGGCUCAUGACCGGUCGAAUAUCACCGGCGAUAUGCCGCCUCAACAGCCUUUCGUCUCUAAUCAUCGCCGACUGGAAGCAGAUCUCCGGCCCUAUUCCUCCCUGCAUUACCUCUCUGGCUUCACUACGAAUUUUAGAUCUCGUCGGUAACCACCUCUCUGGCACUUUACCAGCCGACAUUGGCAAACUCUCCCAUCUCACUGUCCUCAACGUCGCCGACAACCAGAUUUCUGGGUCAAUACCUAAAUCCCUAACCCAGAUUACUGGUUUAAUGCACCUCAACCUUGGCAAUAACUACUUAACCGGCUCAAUCCCCUCCGAUUUCGGCAAUUUGAAGAUGCUUAGCAGGGCUCUACUUGGCCGGAACCAGAUAUCAGGUGAGAUUCCAUCCUCGAUUAGUAACAUGAACCGCCUCGCUGACCUAGACCUUUCGGAGAACCAGAUUUCGGGAUCUAUUCCCACUUCUUUCGGAUCGAUGCCGGUGCUCUCCUCGCUCUACCUCGACAGCAACCGCCUCUCCGGCGAGAUUCCGGCACAGGUUCUGGGGAGCAAGGGUUUGAGUAUUCUGAACCUGAGUAGAAACUCAAUUGAGGGUUCGAUCCCUGAUGCGUUCACAUCGAGAUCGUACUUCACGGCCAUAGAUCUAUCGCACAAUAAACUCACCGGAGAUGUCCCGAAGACUUUGCUUACAGCGGCGUUCGUCGGCCAUCUUGAUCUGAGUCAUAACCAUCUAUGUGGUCGGAUUCCGACGGGGUCACCGUUCGAUCAUCUGGUGGCGGCCUCGUUUGCCAAUAAUGAUUGUCUCUGUGGGUGGCCGUUACAGUCCUGCAAGUGAUUAGUUUGCAACGGUUAGGAAAUCAUGACCGUUGGGUUAGGGUUGGAUGGUGAUGCUGUAUGAGCAAGUAUUUUUUAUGUGUUUAUUUAUGAUUAUUGAUAUGCAUGGAAUAAAAAAAAAAAAAGUGAAAAUUAAUGAAACGGAUGACGGUCGGUUGUACUGCAAGUGGAGGUGUCAGGGAGUUCACAGCUUUAUGCUUUGAGGUCUAUGUUUUUCAUUUGUGUAGAAGUAUUAUUAUUAUUUUUAUCAUUUUUUUGUCAUAUCUAAAACUUAUUGGU